AUGGUGUUUACUCGGAUAGGUCGUUCAUUUGAGACAUAUCCGAUUGCAAGUGAAUGCAGCACCGCUUUGCUGCCAUACAUGCAUCCAGUCCUGUCUGUGGUACCUGCUGGCUACUUAACUUAGCUAGCAGCCUUUACCUAUCAGUCACUUCAGUUCAGGAAUAUCAAAAUGAACGAGAGACAAAAUGAUUUCCUGUCGUUUGCCACUCGACGUGCAGUUGCGCCUUGAGGAAAGAUGGAGAGCGCCAGUUUGGUUUUAAUAUUUUAGUUGUUAUUGCGUUUUGCUGAGUCCAUUUUGCGUGUAACUGGAAGUGGAAAAGACAAAGAGAAAAGAGCUUUCCAAUAGCUAGAAUGGUUUGGGCCUAAAAAGAAGACAAGAGGUAAGGUUGGCUUUUCUCACAAAAUGUCUCAUUUAAUAAUGAAGCUGUGCGCAGUUGUUAUGUGACAUUUCUAGAGAAUGUUAAAUUAAAAUUCGACAGAAAUUUUCAUGGUUUCAUAGCAUGCUAGCCGCUAGCCUAGCCUCUUAACGUUAUCAGCAGAUUCGGCUAGCUAACAUAAUGCUAAUGUACAGAUGCAGGUAUCCCUAUAGGUAGCCUCGCUGUUAGCCUUCUGCUAAACAAGGUAGACUUUGCACUCAAUUCGACUUUAGGUUCAGGGUUCGAAUAUAUAAAGUCGAUGUUAAAUGUGAGAUUUGUUCGAGUAGUGAAUGAAAAGUAAAGCAAACAUCGUUGGUGAUAGUUAUCGUGAUAUGUUGACUAAGAGGUCAUGACGUCUAAUGGUUGUAUUCUUCUGUGUUACCAGUUAAAACUCUUUACUCGACGAAGUUUGCAAACUAUUAAUAACGCGUGCAAUCAAGUAAGAGAUAAUCGACUUUCGAACAAGGGCAAUCGAUUAACCGAAGUUGUGCACUGUUUGUUUAUACCACAUUCGACUACAUCUCAAGCUGCAAAAGUCGCAGAUGAGCAGUAUUAUUGUUAAAACGAGGCAUUUAAACAUAUGAUUGGCUUUUUGCAGGGAUCAGUUUGGUCACGGUGACUGGGGAAAACUUUAGGGGUUUGUUGUCCGGCAGCCUUUGUACGGUUUACCCUGCAUUACCAGUAUCCCCACUAACUUAAACUCACUUUAAGACAGCAGAAUAGGUCAUAAGUCUAGUUUAGUUCUAGAGAAAAAGAGACAGCUGAUUUGCUUUUCUGGGAAGCCAUUUUACGUGCCACAGUUGAGGGGGAAGGGCCAGAAAAUGCAUCAUAAGUCCAGAGUUAUUUUCAACAGUCGGGAUUAUCUCAAUUAGACGUGCACACAUACAGUAAAGCGGUAUUCCACUGACAUAUUGAGGCAAUGACAGAGCUAUCAACUUGUUUGUUUUGGGUGACACAAUAUGGUGGGGGUAGCUGAGGGUCAUGAACCCGUUUUAUGACAGGUAGCAGUGUGAAGUGGCCCAACACAUGUAGGCAGUUGAAAGAUGGAGGUUUUAGGCUAUUUGGUUUGUGGGUGUAGUUUAUGUAGUACAUAGAGCAUGGAUUUGUUGGUCAGGGAGGGUUCUGUCUUCAUGUGGACAUGCAGGAAUGAGGAUAUUGUUGUCAUAAGGGAUGUAACAAUAUGAAAAUUUGACAUCACAGUUAUUUUGCGAUUAUCAGUAUUAUCACGGUAUUGUUGAAAUAUGUUCAAAUGUUUAAAAAGUACUUAUACACGCAAGUUUUAUUUUGAAAAAACAAUUAAAAUAACAGGCAGAAUUAACUUUUCCUUAACCUUAAAUAACAGAGGAAGUAUAAGCUUAAAAAAUUAAAGAUGGGGCUUUAAAAGAGCCAGAGGUAAUCAACACUAGUACGAGUAAUAACAAAGUACAGUGUAAUGUGCCAGUGGCGUAAACAUUAACAUAAUAACAAAUGAAUAAUAUUUAAAUAAAAUGACAUUCCUUAUUGUGCAAAUUUUAAGAAUCUUAAGUGCUCAAAAAAUCUACUCAUAAAACAGCAACACUUCUAUAUGAAACAAUACAACCACAUGUAAACAAAUGUGUAGUGCAGGUGUUUAAAAUAACAUCAAAUAUGUAAACAAAUUAAAUGAACCACACCAAUUGUCCGUUUUCUCCACCAUAAGGUGCUGCUGCCGACUUUGUUUACCACUUGACAUUGAAAUGAAAAAAUGUCAGCAUAUAUACUUUCCUGGUUUGAGUCGUGAUCUGCGAGGGGAAACGAUUCGCUCGCUGGCACUGAAUAGCCUCUUGGAUGGCACGCUGGUUGCUGGGAUGCACAAAAGCUUCCUUGCAACCCUUUGUAGAAGCCGAAAUACGCCCAGACUUCGGACUUUGUUUUCUUUGACACCAGAAAAAUCUCUCCAACAUGGUCAGCAAAACUGCCCUCCGCCAUGUUUACAAGUUGUAUACUGCGCAUGUACACGGUGCACCUGUGUCCGAAAGGACUGCUGCGUGCGGCUGCUUAUCACAGUACUGAGCAGUGAUACUGAGCAGUAUCACUGUGAGCUUUCCAGAGUGCGGCAAUCAAACACGGUUUUAACGGCAAUUAAAGUUUGAAAUAGUAGUACUUACCAUCAGACAUUUUACCACAUAUUAUUAUUUUACCCGUUAUCGUUACAUCCCUAGUCAUUACGCGUGAAUUUGACACCUGACAAGGAAAUUAAACUUGAUUACCCAGUCAGAAGUGCAUUUCACAAAAAAUGGUCUUAAGCAAUGCCUAUUUACACAGUAAUGUCUUUUUAACAUGCAGAGUUCUCCCUCUUGAAUCAGAAGCUAAAGCCGCUUUUGGGAACUUAGUUUGUUUCUAUUUUGACGUCCCCAGAGGACAAAGCAGAACGUCACAUCUUACGCUGAUCUUGUGCUGUACGUGUAUAAGUCAGGCUCUCUGAUGGGAACCCUCAUCCUGUUUCUGUAUGAUUGUAAACAAUGGCACUUCUGCCCUGCAUGUUGUAAAUCACAUUGUUUGACAAUGACCUGAGGACAGAGAUGACAGACCAAAGCAAAAAGAAAACACAGUUACAUAAUUGAUAACAAUCAGUCUUUGGUCUUAUAGUCUUCUUUUGUAGGUUGUACAGAGUUAUCAGUACAGACUUGUUGUUCUUUAUAUUCGGUGUGAAACUUCUCCCGGGACGUGUAUCCAUGUUGAAGAGAAUCAUCAUCACACCCUUGCCUAGACUUUGGGUAUCAGCCUCGGACAGAUUCAGCGCAAGUGUAAAAUUGAAAAAUUGAAUAUCUCGCUGUGUUGAAGAGGCUGGGAGCAGUCUGUAACAGGAAUGACUUUUCCUUUUCACAGUCCUGCUUUUAAAAUCAGCAAAGAAACGGCAGAAAGAAGAAUCAUAGAAGCGGUUAGGGGAAAAAAUGUUGUGCAUACUGAUGCAAACAUACAGUACAUGAAACGCUACCUUAAAAUCGGCCCUAUUCUAACUGCAUUCACUCAGCAAUUCAAAGUCUGGGUCAGAUGGUUUCAUCCAUACUUAUAAAAGCCUCUCAGUUGGACUCUUUUUAGCUCUUUUUGUAAUUUUGGAGGCGAUCUAACUAAAGAAAAUGGAAAAUUUGAAUUUAGUCCCAUGUACAAAAUUAGAAUGAGACAAAUAAAGCAUGACGCCUGCUGUAAGCUCAAACAAAAUAAGACAGAAAGACUGAUUAAGACAAUGUGAUACAAAAGUGCUGAGAAAAGUUAGAGCUAAGGUCAGUAUCUUAAUGAUUUUACAAUUCGCUGAUAUUGACCUUGUGUUUUGAGUAAUUAAUGAGGAGCGAGGAUACAGCAGAUGAUUGUGACUUGUCAAAGCACAAGCUCGCAAUGUUGCUCUCUGGUAGAAGAAAAGUGGAGGUUAAUGUACAGAGGAGGUAGAAGCAUGUGAUCGCAGAAUGGUUUGAUGUUGUUGCUUACAAAUAACAGCACAUGAGAAGCUUUUCAGCGGACAUAUGAAACUUCAACUCAAACAAAGUUGUGCAGGACGAUUUAAGUUUUUUCAAGUUUGUUAUCUAAUUAAAAUACUUCCUUUUUGCCUCUUCUAAAAACUAAUGCAGUUUGCAUAGAUGUGGUCAAUGUGUUAUGGCAGAUAAAGGUCUGUUGUCAAGUUUUGAGAUGCAGCUCAGUGUGAAAUCCUCCUCACUUCCUGUUUAGGUUUUGAGUGCGGCUUCAGUGUAACUGUUUCCGCUGAGGCCGGGCAAAAGGCACAUGCACAUGUUCUGCUGAGACGUUGUUAUGGUCACUUGUUUGUCCGUUCUGGACAGAGGAGUGGGUGCAUGUUUUCUUUGGCUUGGACACGGCUAUUGUAGAUUUCAGCGGUUGGACACUUUGGUUUUACUGGCUGGAUGGUUUGUUAUAAACAUUACCUACAUUUAGGCUGUGCAACAAAAACAAGUGAUCAUAUGAAGUUGUAAGGCUGUCCUUUCAAAACACAAGCUUUUAUUUUUGCCUAACACUCCUAGGGCUGCUUUUACAACUUAACAGUGUAGGAAAAAUCUCAGUGGUGCAAAAACAUUAAUCCCAUAUCUCAUAAAGUUUUAAAUAUUUAACUCCCAGCCAGUGGGUAUUGAACCAAAUAAAGAAAAACAUGGUUGAAUACAUGAAGGAGUCUGAAGUUUGCCUUUAUACUUCAGGUUCUACCAGCUGAAAAUGAAAUAGAUUUAAAUUGUGACAUAACAACCUAUCAAACUUCCCUACUGUUGAGACAACAGCCGAAGUUACAAAGAACCCAAAGAAGAGUGCACCCCUCUGACCACGGAGAGGUUGACUCUAUGAGCUGCUCACAGCUGUAUCAAGAGUAUUUUUAUCCAAGUCUUUAUUUAUUUAGUGAAAUAUUGCAAUAUUAUUGUACUGUGAGAUUUUGACAUUGUUCCUUCACCCUUCUAUAUUGCUAAGUGUGUUUUUUAAACUUUAAAUGCAGGAUUAUGAAAACUCUUUUAAAACAUACAGUAAAGUGGUUAACCAUGAUGGAAAUCAGUCCCUUCGGAUUACUAAAAUAUUGUCAGAAUUCUAUAAUGUACUCCAUUAAUCUGAUAGCAGUCAUAACAUAUCCAUAGAUGAAUAUCCAAGAAGGGAUCAAAGUAGUUAUUUUCUUAAUCCCACUGUAAGAGCUAAUCAUGUCCUCAGUUGAAGCCUGUAAGUUUACAGUCGAAUCUCAUUUUCUGGGAAAGAGCGGCUCGUAGAAAGUAAGUUGUUUGAAGCCUCUUUCAGAGUCUGCCAGUUUAAUUAGCGCCGAUCUAAUCAGACAUCAGCAGCUCCUUUUUUUCCCUGUUACUUCUGUGCUGUUGCUCACACAGCAGAAAAACAUGCUUCUCACUUCGUCCUGACCCGGUGUAUUGGUUCCUCUCAUGCUUUUGUUCUCAAGGAUGUGAGCUAAGCUCUCAUGUAGUGUAGUGGAGUGGAGGUGAACUUAUUAAUGCCAUUUCAUUUCACAGAUCUAGCAUACAUCCGUGCAGAGAGAGGCUGCUCGAUAAUGUUGGCCUGGAGGUUUGGGCAUCACUCAUAGCAGUAAAAUCUCCAAUAAAUAGCAUUGAAGCUGUUUUGUUUUUCAUAAAAACAGCAGAAAUUCUGCACAGUCACAUGGAUUUAGAGGGGUCAAAUGAGAGUUAUCAGCUUUGAUUCAAACUUCUGUAAGGAGUUUUUGACUAGCUGAUAAAAAUUGUAAUUGCAAUCAGCAUGGCAAUAUGAAUAUAAAUAUGAGUCAUAAAAAAGGAUCUUCAGGAACUGGUACCUUGUGUCAAUUCAAGCAGCUUGUAUCAAAUAGCCUCUUCAAAAGGAGAGCAAAGGUUUAUUUAAAGGCUCAGAGUAGUGAGCUACAGGUUAGCUUGCUUCUAUUUGUAGACAGUGAGAUACUCCAGUGACAUAUUAAACCUAGACUACUCUCUGUGAGGAGAUCUAUAUUAAGAUAUCACGUCAUCUAGGUUAGAGAAUUUUUUUUAUUGUGGUUAUUAUUACAUCUCUUAAUGAAAACUCCUGUGACAGACCAAAAUAAGCAGUGGUGCGUCACUAUGAUGUACAAAAUGAGAAAGGGCAACCACUGUAGCUUCUUUUCCCACAGCAGAUAUUCGUUGUGAGUGAUAAAUUUAAUCUUAAAAAGACAAUUAGUCAUUUUUUUUGCUUCACAAAGAAGAGAUAAAUGAGCAACAAUUUAAUAAUAUAAGAGUUCUGGCCCUAUAUAGAGGGCGCUAGAGACAACAGAUGUUUCUCAAGAAAGAAAUCACUGUCUCAAAGAAACGGUUAGUUUGUGUUAGUUUUCAGCAUUAGGGCUUCUCGGAGGAGCAUUAGGGCUUCUCGGAGGAGUGAUUCAUGCAGUCGAGCAUUUGAGUCUGAAAAACACGUAAUUGAUUUUAGGCUCUGUAUGAUGAUGACACAGCCAAAACAGGCUCAAAAGGCAUAUUCUGGCAUAAAAUUAAUUUAGGGUCAAACACACUGCAACACUGAGUUAGACACCCCCUCGAGGGAUGAAUGUUACCGUCUGCUUGCUUCUCUAGUCAUACCAACUUUAGUAACGACCGCACGAUAGCAAUACACAGCGGUCUAAGGAGCAAUAUAAACCUUAACCAAAAUACCACUCUAUAGCCACAAAUAAUGCUCAGAACAGCACCUAACUUCAUCAAGAGUACAUAUAGGGUCCCAACCAUAGUACUAGCCACCAAACACCUUUUUAACUUUGCCUGAUUUCUUUAGCAAAGAGACUAAACACAAUUUACCUACUCUCUUCCAGCAUCGCUUGUUUGUAUCAAGAUCUCAGGCCAGUCCAUUAUGGACUACAGCGGGGUUACGCAGCUCAAGGAAGAACAUUUAUGAUUAAUAAAUUAUUUGAUUUAUGAUAAAUUAAUUUAAUGCUGUAAUAUCCCUUUAAGGUUAGAGAUGUGUAUUCUCUGCAUUUUCGUCCUCGAGUGAAUGAAUAACCACUCAUUAUCUCAAGGAUGAUUAAAAAAUUAAUUUAGACGGUUCAAACAGCCGUUUUUCCUGCUUUUAGUACUUCGAUGGUAUUAAACGAACCUCAAGCCAAAAUAAUGAUUAUUUGCUCAAAGCAGCAGCGUGAGAAACUUACUUCGGCAGAAUACGACCAUGAACCUCCCUUUGCCAGAAUGAAUGAACAGAUCGGCAAUAACCUCAGCGUAAACAAUCAUUUUGUACUUAAAACAACCUGCCACUUUCUGUGUAGCGUUUUGUUGCUCGGUGCUCAUUUCCCAAUCAGGCUUAAAGGCUUUACUGUACCAACAGCGUGUUUUAUUCGGAGUGCAGUGCCUUUUGCACCAUAAAUCUGCAGUUAAUGUUUUUGUUUGGGUGUGUUUCCCUCAAGUAUUCUAACAACACUUUGAUUCUCGUAUUUGUCCGUCUUGAAGUGUCUAACUUGUAGCCCACUUGAUCUUUUUAAACAGGUUAAAAGAUGCCGAGUCUAAGCUCUACUCUGUUACAUUGAUUCAGUAUUGACUGAAAGCCGAGUGUGUGCGAUUGUGAGUUUGUUAAAAGUCUCACUGUGGUUCAGAUACGGGUGAAGAGAGUCUUGCAAAAAGAAAGUAAACACCGCUCGACAAGCUUGGAGUGCACAUUCAGGAGCUUGAAUGACGCAGGUUCCUUUGGAGGCUGUGCCAAGAUAAUGAGGGUGUUGUGUGUCAUGUUCCACCAACAGUAAGACUGAAACAAUUACUCUGAACAUUGUGUUUUUGUGUCAAAGCUACAAGUUAGAGCAGUUUGCUGCGAGAGCUCAUCAUUUUUUUUUCUCAUUCUUAAGUUUACAAGUGUUUGUUGAGGAUUAUUACAUUAUCCUGUGGAAAAAGAACAAGGUUAUAUUCAAUUUGAAGCAGAUUGAAUCCUAAGGUAAAAGUCAGUGUUGCUUCAAAGUGUCAUAAACACAAAGAGCCUGCCAAGAGUUUGGACGCAAGAGUGGUACUUUUGAGUUUUCUGAUAGUAAUUGUUCUCUCCUCUCAGUUUAUGUCAGCUCGAAAGCCAGGUAUAGUUGUUUGUAAAAACAUUCGGUGGGGAUAAAAUUGCCCUGAAAGUAGAUAAAUGGUGAGACAAAUGUAAAAUUUUUGAUUAAUUUGCUACCCAUUGAAGAGUAAAAUGAGAUGUAGGGCUGGACAAUAAACUGAAAAUUUACAGAUACCAAAAUCUAUGACAACAACCGACGUCAUUUUGCCAGUAUCGGUAAAUUUGGUCUGGACUGGGUCUCUUUAAGAAAUGCUCUUCAAAAGUUUUGCCUUUACAAAUCACUCAUCAAACCUUAGCUUUUACUAUUAUGUAUUAUGCAGUGAUAAAAGGCAAUCUUCAGCUAGGGAUGGCGCCAAACCGCAACAGUAUCGCUUAGGGCUGGGUGAUAAACUAAAAAAUUACCGAUACCGAAAUUUACGACAUUAACUGAAGUCAUUUUGCCCAUAUCAGUAUAUUCUGUGUCAAAAAAAUAAAUAAAUGAAAGUUGGUUUUAUCUGUGUGUAGGUAGGCUAUGGUCUCAUGUCCCUUUAUGACGCUGUCCUACAUCAGAGACAGGUGAGGAGAUGGAGGAUGGUUCAACAGUUGUAGCGGCUGGAGCAGUGGCUGAAGUAGAUGAAGUUAAUGUGGGAGUGGGUGAGCAGCUUGUAGAGUAGUUAUCGUCUAUUUAUCAAUAACUGCUCAAUAUAUCGUGAUAUUGAUUUGAGGCCGUAUCGCCCAGCCCUAACAUUGCAUAUUUCCCUCAUAUUGUGCAGGCCUGAAUACAACCUACCUUGGCUUUUGAGUUGUACUAAAUAUUUAUUGAUGGAUUCAUGGGGGUUGGGGUGAGCAGCUUGUCGAGUAGUUAUCGUCCAUUUAUCGUUAUUGAGGUGAACUGCUCAAAAUAUCGUGCUAUUGAUUUGAGGCCAUAUUGCCCAGCCCUAAUGGGACGCUUGAGAAAGAAAAUGUAAAAAACAUGCUUUUACAGUCCACAUGCCAAAAAUAAUAUCUUCUGAUUGAGCAGAAAGUCAGACUUGCCAACAGUCGUCAUGAGUAUGGCCGUUUUUUUUUUAACCUAAUGGUCUCAUGUUCUUAUGUAAACCAAAGAGAGGCAUCUGUAUUAGAUUGCAGCUGUUUCAUAACCAGUCGAAGCUCCCUGUAGUUGCUGUAAUUUAUCAUUAAUUAGUUCUUAAAUGCAGAACAGCCACAGCACCGCGCUCUGAUUGGUAAAUGCUUUCAGCCCCCCCCUCCUCUGCUUCACAUAAUGCUCUCCUGCUGAGUGGAGGCAUUCCAGGCAGUGAGUCAGUGUAAAUGCUUCAAACCUGCAUGAAUGAAAGGAUGUGAGCUGUUGUGGAGAGAGCAUGCCAAUCAAGAUUUAGCCGCUUAUUUUGAUAUGUUAAUUGGAGUUAAUCUGAACCCCGUGUGGAAACAUCCAAGGAAAUGGAAAUUACAAAUACGGCAAUACCCAGACCUAAUCCAUAGUUAAAUAUUGUCUUUAUUCUUUUGUCGUUGAUGAAUAAAACAUGAAGGAAAUUAAGGUUGAGAUCUAUGAGAUUGUGUUUCUAUUUUAAAGGUGUGGAUCCUUUUUUGCAAAUUCACAAUUUUCUUAUCUCAAUCAAUGUGGUUGAUUUCAUAAUUAACUCACUGCCUGGCAAAAUGCUCGUCUCCAUUAUUCAGGGUCUCUUCCUUUUUUCCAACCUUUAAUUAAAAGCCUAAGGACUCUUGAUCAACCUUCAGAAAUAACAAAGUUGUAAUUUCUCACUAGUAAGAGUCUGGACUCAGCGAAUGUUGGAUUUGUUUAACUCUGUUUUACAAAAUGUUGCAGUUUUUUCACACAGUAAUGGAUAAAUAUUGUUUUAAAUUAAGAGUAUUUACUGUAAGAAGUUUAAUGUGCAAAGAGGACUUCCUCCUUAUAGAUACAUGUGGUUUUGAUGGUCCCCAAAACAGCUGCUUAUAUGAGAGAGGUUUGCACCAUUUGAAUAGACACUCCCUCUGGAAUUCCUGCUGUCAGCACGUUUCCUUCAAAAGCACCCGGGGAGGCGCCCUGACCGUCCAUCUGUACCCAUUACUUUGAGCUUGUUGUUCGGAAACAUCAUAAAAUACCUUUUGUGUCUACGUUUGUAUUCAAGGCAGUAAAAACGUUUUUAAAGACAGAAGCAGCGACGCUCUGUGAUAUUAAAUCAGUGCCGGGAAAUUGCCUGUUUCUAAAUAUAAAAUAAGUGGGCUGAAAAUAACUGACUUCGCCAUACAGAAGAAAGAGGUUCAGCGAAAGGUUGUGUUGACACGAUUUUAUAUUCCUCUGAGAGCACAAAACUUAAGAAAUGUAGUUAAUGGUUGACCUUUCCCCAGCAGAGAAAAGAAGAUAAGAAAACAGUGCUGGCAUGAAAUAGGGAUGUUUAAACUCACAAGGAGCUGAGUCAAAGAUGACCAAUUGAAAGAAAAUGGAUGUGAAGCAACCGCAAAGAGCAACUCUUCAUGAACUGCAGUAGUGUCACAGGACUGGUUGAGUGAGUAGUCGCAGGGAGGAGGAGGACCUUGUACAGGUGCUGCUGCUAUUAAAAUACUGAUUCUGGAAACCUUUAAAAAUUGUGUACUUUAUUCAAGUUUCCAUUGACAAAUUAUGUGUUGAAAUGUCUCUAAAGAUGACUCUGAACUGAGUCACAGGGAGUUUCCCAACUUGGACUUAAAUCCCCUUUCAAAAGAGCGUUUUCCAUUGUCUCCUUAAGAGUCAUGUGUGUUGCCAAGAGUUGUAGCAUAUGUAUGCUGAUGUCCAGUACAGUGUUUUUGUUAAAUUAAUUUCUAUAAGAAGCAAGUUUUUAAAAUGUUUGAGAGGCGUCACAACAACACGAAAUCUGAUUGAUCAGAAGUGGACACACAGUAUGUGAAACUUUAGAAAAAUCAACUGUGAAACGAACAAAUGAAUGCCAAAAUAUCACAGGACGGGAAAACGUUGCUGAUGUGAACACUUGUAUUGACAGGAUACGGGUUUGAAAUAAAAUAUUGAUGUCCAAAAUAAUCGCACGAAAAAAAAUGUUCCUGGUAUGAAAGGACCUUAAAGGAGAGGGUUUUAGUCAAGAGAGGUUUUUAAGAAAAGUUUUCAAAGCUUGAUAGCAUAAAUAGAGUGGUUUAAUUUAUAAAAAUACAACUUUAAUGGCUUUAACAAGAAAUUACAACACCUUAAAAAUCCCACAAAAAAACUUAUAGAGGAAAACAGGAGAAAGGAGUUGUUCAGAGAGACCCAAAACUAAGGCACUAAGCUGUAAAUUAAAGAAAUUUUGCUCCUCUGAACUGUCAGUGAUGGUGGUCAAAUGUUGAAAUCCGCUCCAAACAUAUCAGGAAACUUUUACGAGCACCCAGAGGCGAGAUGGCGUGAAGAUGUCGUCAGUUUUGUAAAACUUGCAGCAUGCAGUGAUAACACAUUUGUCAGCAUGUGUCAUCAUCAUCUGCCUGAUGUAAAAAAACCUCUCCUGUAACAACACCACAACCUGCCUGAAAACUGCGCGCCGUCCCUUUAAGAGGACUGCUCGGCUGCUGUGCCCUGUGCUUGGGGCAGAGUUGGGGGGAGGGAGGGGCGGUUGUUGAUGGAAUAAGGCGCUCCGAUUGGUUGGUUCUUACUGAGAGCCGUGACAUCACACGGAGGAGAGGUCCUAUGGUGUAAAAUAACAUGUCCUUUUAUGGGAGGAGGUGGGCCGUUCCAUUUCUCAGAGGAGGGUGAGAUUUGAUUCCCUGCUCGGUGCUUCCACAGUGAUGUGUGUGUCUCUGUGGAAGAUGUUCGGCCUAAUUGCCCUUUUUGAUAGUGUUAUGUAAAUUUAAUGUCGCUGUGAGGCGGCGUUUGAGUAAUCUAAUUAAUGUCACUUUGACUCAAAGUUUAUAAGCAUGACAAACCGCUGUAGGACAGAUUUAUUCUCUCUUUUCUGGUUGUGACUUUCCUUAUGCAGAAAAAAAGCGUCAAGAUGUAAUAGUUUAGAUAUUUCUCUAGACAGGGAUUUCUUCUUGAACAUAUCCCUCUUCAUUUUGAGCAUUUUGUCUGCUUUUAUAGAUACCUCAGCUUCUCCCUGAGUAGUUUUUUUCUACAAAGUUAAAUUUAAGUGCUGUUGGCAUCUAAAAAAAGACAACAUGGCACUUUUAGAUUAAAAAAACACAAAUUAAAUCCCUCUCUUUUGUCUUAUUGCUCACUUUGAUGUCCACACAUGCUCAAAACACAGCACAACACAAACGCAUCAAACUCUGUGGCUUUCCCAGACUUCUCCCUGCAUGUGACCAACCCCGUCGUUUGCCGACAUGGUAUCUCCCGAGCACGAGCAGUCACCUCCCCUCCCUGAGUCAGAUUUGUCUCCACUCCAAGGAAAUAACACUGUUACCUUUCGAGUCGAGUAAAGGAACUCCAGUUACACUUUUUUUUUUUUCUCUCCACGCUUGACAUCCAGAGAGAAAGUUAGAGAAAAAGAGGACAGGUUUUCUUCACUUGAGGAGGUUUGAGUUAGAAAUCUAAGCUGACAAGUCAUGAGGAGAACACUUCUGAAUCCCUGGGAGAUCUCCUGAACCCUCCUCCCUCCUCCUUCCAAUGUUUCAGUGGUUGGGGCCAUGGCCUCUCAGUCAGGGUAAGAAAUGCACAGCAAGUUGGCUGCUUUACUUAUUUCUUCUUUGGCAGACUUAAACACGUAACUUUAUUUCAGCUGUGUUAUACAAGCCAUACUUCAUGUUUUUGGAUAGCUUUACAUAAUGACUGUGUCUGAGAGGUCUAAUGUUAAACUCCUGGUUUUAAGGUGACCAGCAGUUUCUGUAAAAUAUGGAGUUGAAGAGUAGACCUGGCAGAUUAACUCUUUAUUUUGGUACAUAGUGAACUGCCUUUUUCAACUCUGCAGACUUUGACCUUUUCAGUGCGGCACACUGUACAAUGAUUACACUCAAGGCAGCAGACCACCUCACUUUAAUUGUAAUAACUGUGAUUUAAAAACGUGCUUAAACAUGGCUUUCCUUUUGUUUUGAAACAGUCUCCCCACUUCGCUUUGUUGGCAAACGGAGAGCUUGAUAAGGAUUUGACCCUUAGCUACAGGUUGAGCAAAUAUUCAAACCAACGCCAACAUGUGGGGAUUGUUAUUGAUGCUAUUAUUUAGACCCCUUAGUCUCUAUUACAUGGUAGAAGGAAAAGAUGAAUUUUUCAAGUGAAUGAUUUUUAUUUUAAAAUGUUUUUAAGUCAUCUAUUUUCCUUGGAUGAGUGAUUGGAUUCAGUGUCGUUCCCGUUGACGAUGACGACGAAAAUAUUUUGUCAACGUCAUCGUCAACGAAAACAACACUGCAGAAUAAAUGUUUAGCGUUUGACUGAUGAAAUGCUCAUGAAGUUCGCAACUCUGUUCGUCAUCCAUCACUAACGUUUUCGUGUCGACAUAAACGCACAUUCGUCUCGUCCCAUUUUAGUCAUCCAAGACUUAUACUUAUGUUUAGCUCGUCAACGUCACGUCUUUGUCGUGAAAAGUCAACAAAAACAACACCGAUUGGAUUUAACAAACAUGGAUCAACUCAAGAUGAAAUGUUAUAUCAUGGGACUUAGAAGACCUAUUAGCGUUAUCGAUAAGCUUUAAAUGUAACCGAUUUUCAGUGAAGAAAAAGUGUGAAAUCCAGUCCUCAAUGGAUCCUGGUUUCAGAUGUGAUCUGUGCCUUUAACAUUUGCUGCUAUAACAAGGAAAACAGAAAUUAAGGCUUGCUUGUCUUGGGUUCUAGUGUGAUGUACGAUUUUCCAUUCAAUAAAAAGCAGCUGUCAUUUAGACUGAUAGUUUUUCGUGCUGCCAGGAAUCUUUGUCACCGCUCCUAGAUUGAAAUAACAAACAUCCCCAUAACAAGGGAGGGAAUCCCCACAAGUCUGUUUUAGAAAUUAGAUAAUUCAGCUUGAAAGUAAGAGGCUGUUAGUUGUUUUUGGAUUGUAAACUUGUUUCUGUGUCAUGUUGGGCCUUGUUUCUUCAUUGCCUCAGGAUUAUUUUUACAGUUUUCUUUUCCAGUUGUUAUGCUAACGUACUUGUUGCACACAGCGCUUGUGAUUUAGACAGUGCAGCUGAUUUGACAUUUUUAAGAGUCCUUUACUCAACAUGGAAGGUAUGUUGUUAUUAUUUUGUUCAGGUACCUGGUUUUAGGGCCAUGUAAGUUUCUCAAUAUUGCUAUCUCACUAUUAGAAACCUUGGUAUGAGCAUGGAUUUGAGCUGACAGUAGGCUGCAAAUGUAAUAUCUAACUCAACAAGAGCAGGGCUGUAAAACUUGGUGAAGCCAGCAGACCCAUAAAACCAUUGAGCAUAACCAGCUCUUUGUUUUUGUCCCCUGGAACAGAUUUUACAAUAAGAUGUGUAUCAAAGCUUCCUCUCUCAAGAAGAAGUCUUACCUCCUCUGAACUGUUGUAAACAAAUACUUUUACAGACUGUUUGACCCAUGCUGACAGUAGUUAGUGUGCAUAGAUCUGUCUGAAUCUAAGUGGGGCUAAGCCAUUGAUUGCAGUUUGAUUGUAAUCGGGACAUUGCUAGAGUCUGAAUUCAUAACAACAUGUAAGAGUUAUCAUUUUAUGUGCACAUGCGAUUCUUUGUUACUUUACAUUUUACCUACUAGAUAUAAGUCUGGGUUUAAUGGCCGUGCUUAGACACUCUUCUGAUGGCAUCAAAAGCCGAAGUUAGCAAUCAGCUGCCCUCAGAUCAACCGGGGACGAUUAAGUUGUGAUGAGCAAGCGUUGCAGUUCCAAAUCAGGUAUCGUGUAAAACAAGGAACAGGUGGUUGAUGUAAAGUCUGAUCUAAAUUUUGCUUCGGUCUGUUCGUCUCGCUUACAUAAUCUCAACAUAGAACUGUUACUGCACAUUGCAUAGGGCUGGGCGAUAAACCGAAAAUUUACUGAUACCAAAAUGUACCGACGUCAUUUUGCCCAUGUCAAUAUAUUUAGUGUCAAAAUAAAUCAAUAAAUAAAAGUUAGUUUUGGAUGUAUGUAGGUAGGCUUUCAAGACGCCUUUUAAGACGCUGUCCUACGUCAGAGACGUGACUCCACCCCAUAUAGUCCGUAACAAAGAGGGAAAGACAGGUGAGGAGAUGGAGGACGGUUCAACAGUUGUAGCAGCUGGAGUGGCGGCUGAAGUAGACGAAUUUCAUGUGGAAGAGGGUGAGCAGCUUGUGGAGUAGUUAUCGUUCAUUUAUCAACAGCUGCUCAAUAUAUCGUGAUAUUGAUUUGAGGCCAUAUCGCCCAGCCCUAACAUUGCAUGUUUUUCUCAUAUCCUGCAGGCCUGAAUGCAACUACCGUAUUUUUCGCACUCUAAGGCGCACUUAAAAUCCUUUCAUUUUCUCAAAAAUCCUCAGUGCGCCUUAUAAUCAGGUGCGCCUUAUGUAUGAAUUCUGGUUGUGCGUACUGGCCUCGAACCGAUUUUAUGUGGUACACAGCGCUCAAAAAUCUGUCAAAGUGUUUUAUUAAGACUUAAGUAAGCUACAAAGCUGCACAGCCUGAUAGCUUGUCGGAGCACUUUGUUUGGCUUGUUUGGCGCUUUAUAAUCCGGUGCGCCUUAUGUAUGAAAAAAACGGUAUGUUGGCUUUUGGGUUGUCGUAAAUAUUUAUUGAUGGAUUAAUGGGACCAUGCAUUUGGCAGUCAUAACUUUGGACAGUUCAAACCCCACCAGACCAGACUUACUUGAUGUGGGUUUUUUUUUUAAUACAAACCAAUGGCACUCUUAAGAUUGUUUAUCAAGGGCACUGCUGAGAUCUUAAAAAAACGUACAAGGUGGAGCCAAAGUUUUGAUCUUUUUUUUUUUAACAACUACAGCAGAUUAAUGGGAGACAUUUGUGAACUUGUGAACAAGUUCACUAAAGUCAAACUGGGUUGCACAGACUUUAGUAUGAGCUCCAGUUUCAUUGAAACUGAUACCCUCCUGCCUGCUAGGUUGUCUUUAUUGCUGUGUUACAGUAUGGCAGGGUGUGACCCCCUGUUCAACCAAUAAAAGCCAACAGAUCAGGCCAAUUAGUUGUGCCGAAUAGACAAGGAGCAGUGUUUACAACGGGUUUUGUGCUUGGGGGUAUUUGAUCAUUUGGCACUCUGCUAACUGUUUCUCUGUUCACACACUCAGGCUCACUUACUCGACAGGAUUAUUGACACUUGAAGGAGCACUAGGACUCUAAAUACAUCCUUUUUCUUUGAUUGUUUGUCCAACCAGCUAAAAUGUGGUCGUCUGUAUUCCCAGAGCAGAAAUCUGGGACUCCACGAUAGACCUUCAAAUGGUAGUUGGCAACUGCAAAAUGACCAACAUGGAGCAGAAUUUACUCUGCUGCGGCUAGAGUAAAUCUUCUCUCUCGGUUCAGUUGUUUGAUAUUGUGCAUUUUUAUGUGUUGUUUGUUUGCUUUGAUCCUGUGUCUACAAGUAAAAUGAAGUGAAGAGGUGAUAACAGCAGGGGGAUGAUGGAGAUGUUUGGAUCAUCGAUAGUCCAAACGGUUUCUUUCUUUACACCUCCACUGAUAAAAGUGGUGUUAACGGUGUGUAUCAGACAGCUCACGGCAGUAAUGGCCCUCCUGAGCUUUUGCUGUGAUGUAGCCGAGUACAUAGUGUGUAAAUCACUCCACUGAGUUACGAGCGAUGACUCAUAGUUGGGGUUGUUGUUGAUGAUGUAAAGCAGACAGAGGGAUUGUGGGGAGGUUGGUUGGGAAUUUAUUACUCGACUUGCUGAUAAGCUUAUGCAGAAUCAGUCUGAAGUCAUGCAAUAAUAUAAUCUUGGAACUGUUUUAGUCAACCGCUGCCAAGAUUUAGUCGACCAAAUGACCGGGGAAAUGACCGUCCUGGUCAGUUGUCAGUAAAUACAGAAGUCUUCCUCGAAACUCUCAGGGGUAAACCCUCUACUUUCUACCUCUUACACAUUGCUUGACUUCCUCUCGUGCAGCUCUCGUCCCUCUUCUUCAAUCAGUCACCUGUUUCCUUUCAUACUCUCUUUCAUUCAUAGUAAGAUUUAAACACCCUUGAACGCUUUGUUUGUGAUCCAGGAGGAGGCUGCUACACAAGCCCUCUCAGUCAACACCCUUGAAGUCAUUGUUGUUAUUGUCAAAGCCGAAGCUGUCAAACCUAAAUCAAGAGGAAACAUGCCUGGCUGACCACCUACAUGUUUCCAGUUUAGAAACCUGGAAGGUUUUCUUUGAACCAAGGCGCACAAAAGACCAGAGUCCCAUUUAGUCAAUCUGGUAGUGACAAACACUCUUUUCAAAUGGCACAAGUGGCAUUGGGUAGAGUAUUUCUUGUAAUCUAUUUCUGAAGACAGGUUUUUGUCACUUGAGUGUAAACAGUAAAAUGCCUUUGAAUGACAUUAUUUAAGCCAGCAUGAGCUGCAAAAGGAGACUCCAAACCUGUGGUGAGGUAAUCCUUUGUUGAGCAGUUCACCUUGAUAACGAUAAAUGGAUGAUAACUACUCCACAAGCUGCUCACCCCCUCCCACAUUAACUACGUCUUCUUCAGCCGCUACAACUUUUGAACCGUGCUCCAUCUCCUCACCUGUCUUUCCCUCUUUGUUACAGACAUGAGACCAUAGCCUAUCCACACACAUCCAAAAACCAAUUUUAUUUAUUUAUUUUUUUUGACAUCAAAUAUACCGAUAUUGGCAAAAUGACGUCGGUUAUUAAAUUUUGGUUUUGGUAAAUUUUUGGUUUAUCGCCCAGCCCUUCUUGGGGUAACAGAGACUCGACUUAGAUUCUUCUCAGGUCACUUGGGCUUGAACACUGAAGAUUCAAGAAUUGACUGAGACUCAAGUUUAAGUGACAUGACUGCUGGCUAUAUGACCGAAAAACCAAACAUAAGGGACUGAAUUAAAAGGUGGGGUAGGCAGGAUCUGAGGAAGUGACAGUUUUGAGUAGAAAUCUUGAAUGUAAACUCUACCCAUCCCAACCAGUUUUCCCCUCAGCUCCUCCUCUCCCCUCCCUCUCUGCUCCAGCAAGCCCCGCCCACAAACAGACGCUCCUGCUCGCUCGUAUCGUUUCAACUAAAUUCAGAUAUAAUGCAGAUAAAUACUUCAGAUAAUUACAAAUGGGGCCCAGUCAAUGUGAAAGUAAAUAGCAUUGGUGCUACGGUAGAUGCCAACAGACUACCAGCAAACAAAAUGUUUGCAGGACUUCUACAACGAGGAUAAAGUGACAUAGUCCAGGACCUGAGGUCAACGGUGUAGCGGUUUGACAAAAAACACUUCUGUUACAGACUCUUGGCUUACUUUGUUAAAGUGGUUUACCUGUCCAGCAGAAAGGUUACAGGGUCACCAAGAUCCUGACGCGUCCCCCAUCGUUUAUAUUGACCCGGCUUCUUAGCUCUUGUCUGGUCUACCUCUGUUUUAAGCGCCCGUCAUUCCACCAGAGUCUCCAGUAUUUAGUCUGUUUUCUUGCUUGUGUUGGCAGUUGUGGCCAAAGGAGGAUUCAGACAAUUUUUCUGUACUUUCUGGUUGGUUUCUACUGUCCGAUAUUGUAGCACGCUAACUUUGUUUGAACUCGUGAACCACACCGGGGGAGAGCAGCGUGUGCCUCACAACCAAUCAUCAGGAUGGUGGAGGCGGGGAACGGCUUUAUUUACAGUCAGAAAGAGCAGAGCGCUCUGAAAAUUUUAAAUGUUGACUACACAGACAUAACAAAACACAGCGAUAUCGUGAUAUUACCAAAUGUCAUCAAUAACUAACAGCUAUUGACUGAUAUGAAAAGCCUUUUUGUAUAAACACCACAAAAAAAAGAUGCUUCUUUAACGGAUUCCUGCCUACCCCACCUUUUAAUUAAAGAGGCUGCUAUCUCACCAGGGUGGGCUUGGUUACAUGAAUGUGAGCUCUUUUGAGAUCUCUAGUUCAUGCUCUGAUGUUUUUCUUUGACUCGGGACACUGCUGUCUGUCCUGUUAAACCAAAACACAGUGUCAGUGUACUCUCAUAGUCCAAACAGAGUCAUAUCAUCUCGGCUUCUCUGCCAAAUCUGGCCCAUCUGUGAAACAGCAGGAAAAUGGUUCCAGUAAGAACUUGGUUAGCUCCAGGAAACAAUGAAGGGCUGGGCUACAGUAAUUACCUGUAGAUUACUAUAAUUAUAUCUUGUGUCUUUUUUGUUGUAGGAAUUAAAGAUAUGGAUAAAGAGUAUUUAAGCAGCGUUAUGUUGUGUUUUUAGUGUGACAUGAUGAUGAUCAGUUUGAGAAUUUACUAACCACCAAGUAAAAGUCUUGCAAAAAAAAUACACCAAGCAAAAAAAACAAAAGUCUUGGUGUAUAUUUGUCGAGCCAAUAAACACAGGUCAUCGAUGUUUGGCAUAAGGUCAAAAAAGAAAGACACCCUGAUGUGAAGGAUUCAUAUAAGACACAUGAUUUGUUUCUAUUUAUGCUUUUAACAUGGAGUGUGAGGCAGGACACAAAGCAAGCAGGAUGAAAUGAGGUCCCCUCUGACUUGACGUCUUAAAGCGCGGUCCAGUUUCACUGCAGCCUGCGAUAUGAACCCCCUUACGUUCUCGAGCAAGUUCUUUGACCUCGAAUAGCCCUCCUGUUUUAAUGUUUGCACAACAAACACUGCUAAGAAAGACAGUAAGCUCAGAGAGGUGUGUUCAGGGAGCAGUUUGGGCGUUGAGCCACCGUUUAGCAGCAGAAGGUUGUUAUUAUUAAAGCCUAUCAGUGUUUUACCUUCUAUCCAGUUCAUCAGGAGAAUUCAUGUCUCUUCUUGUGACGUCCACUGUACUUUAAGAGCUGGCGGCAUGUUUGAAGUACAGAUUUGGCGAGCUGUAAACCUCAGUAAUGAUUGAAAAUAAACUCGUCAGCGUAUGCUAACACUGAAUCUUGUCAUUUCAGGUCCAAAUUUGUCCCGCAAGCUCAUACAGAGAUUUAUUCUGCUGUAGAUGUCGACUACUUCAUGUUGUCUAGACUAGCCUAAGCCUAUUAGGGCCUACUUUCUCCACCGGCCAUCUCAUCUUAGGCUGCUUCCACUCUGUUAUUAUGUGCGGGUGCUUGCUAAUGAUAGUCCAAUCUGUGGUUUACCCAAAAAACUGACUCAAAGUAGAGAGUACAUGAUAGCAGCCUGACUGUGUGGAAGAGUUGGAAACUAGUUGUUAUUCAUUUAAGAACCAAGAAAGCACGACUGAUGUUUCAUGCCACUUGACUUUUAAGUCUACGGUAAAUUUCACAAACCUCUCCAGUGUCACAAAUUUACUACUCUGGGUCUCUAUCGUCUUCGUUUCGUGUACGCAUGUUUCUGAUACUGACCCGGCUUUGUUUCUUUUCGUGUUACAGCAACAUGAACCGUGAGGACCGGAAUGUGCUCCGAAUGAAAGAACGAGAAAGGAGAAAUCAAGAAAUCCAGCAGGGAGGAGGAGAGGCCUUUCCAGCAAAUUCCCCUCUCUUUCCUGAGCCCUACAAAGUGGUAAGUUUGUUUACCUCAUGUUCAUCCCCAACAUACGAUUCAUGAGUCAAUUUUGAAGAAUUCGCAACACCACAGGAAGUGAGAAGUGCGCACGUAACAAGAGGUGCUCACGUUGAUACAGUCUCGUCAUCACAUUUCUUGGGAAACAUGAAGCUGCAGGUUUAACUCUUUCAACUUUAUCUGUCCUGCAUGCUUUUGUAGAAGUGUAUGAGGACACCAUAUGUGCACCAUGUGUUAUUUGGCUUCAUUCCCACAUCACCUCAGACUAGAAACUUUUCUGCGCCACAUGAAUCAGUUUCAUCCUAAAUCUUUUUCAAGAACAGGGAUCAUACCGAGCGCUGAAAGUUUGGGAAACUCUUUAUCUUAACAAGUAUAAAUGCUGAAUUUAGAUAUAUUCUUUGAAGUAUGAUUCUUUUUAAACAUUAAUACAACCGCUGCUUCAGGCUGGUAAAAUAAACGACCGUAUUUUUUGCACUAUAAGGCGCACUUAAAAUCCUUGUGGCCCUGACUGUUUUGUUUGGCUUAAUGCGCUUUAUAAUGCGGUGCUCCUUAUGUAUGAAAAUAGACACGAAUAGACGCGUUCAUUGAUGGUGCAUCUUAUAGUGUGAAAAAUACGGUACAUGUAAUUUACAAAGUAUUUCUUGGUAUAAAAGAUAUCUUUUCAGCUUUUCCUUUGCAAUAUAUUCAGGGCUCGACAGUGCGAACGUUUCACUUGCAUUAGAUGUGUGUGAAUUGUAAAAUGUAUUUAGGGGCACGUGCGCAUAAAAAAAAAAAUCAGCCAAGGCAUCAAAUGUUAGUUUUAGGUUGGAUAUUUGCAGACAUUCACUGCGGAUCUGCCGGUGUCUUCUCACUCUCCAUAACCGGGAAUGCCAACAGCAGCGCGGUUAAAUCUACUCGACACCCUUGCUGAAUAAGGGACCAUCAAUAAAUUACCGGUUGACGUUCUCAAAAAAGGCUGUUUUCCUUCAAUAGCUUUCAUCUCAUGUCACCAAUUGACCUAAAAUUGAUUUCAAAUAAUAGUACUUAUGUCGACCAAUAAGACAAACAUUAUUUGAUCAGUUUUCCUUGUGCCCCUAAAGUGCAUUGCAUGCUCCUUACUUUUACAGUUUAAGUCAUUUGUUUAACUACUGUGUUUGAGUCUUCUCUUGUAUCCUUGCCAUGUUUCAGUUAUACAGGAAAUAAUGCUGAGUGUGCUUAAGCGGAAGGUGUGAUCUAGGGGCGUGUGAUCUGACGAUGUUAGAUCAUGAAGGAUUAGAAAGUGAUGACAAUCUGCCAAAGCAAAGCAAAAGCAAAAGCACAGAGAUCAUAGUAAAAUGUGUCUAAAUAAAUUUCUUGACCUCUCAAAUCAAAAUUUGAGAUGUCAACGACUCUGAGAGCAGCGUGGUUAAAUCCAAACUGCAGUGAAGUUAGUUUUAGGUUGGAUAUUUUACAGACAUUCACUGCAGAUUUACUGGUGUAUUCUCACUCUCUCUACUCCUCGCUGUCAACGUCGGGUGUUGAAUAAGGGACCAUCAAUAAAUUACCAGUUGACGUUCUCAAAAAAGGCUGUUUUUUUCAAUAGCUUCCAUGUCAUGUGACCGAAAGACCUAAAAUUGAUUUCAAAUAAUAGUACUUAUGUCGAACCAAUAAGACACACUUUUUUUCCCCUGAUUUGUCCUCUAAAAAUGUUUGUGUUUUAAUUUAAAGGCAAAUUUUGACCCUUUUCCUCAAUAGCUUUCAUGUCAUGUGACCAAAUGAUCUAAAAUUGAUUUCAAAUUUUCCAUUUUAUGAUGGAAAACACAUAAUUUGAUCAAUUUUCAUUGUGCUCCUUGUGAAAAAAGUUAGUGUCAAGCCCUGAAAUUUAAAGGAACAGUUCAAGCUGGUGGUGUCCAUAGAUCUGUAAAUAGACAGAUGAUACAUCCAGCCUUUUACGACCGAGUAGAAAACUUUGAAACCUUAUUUAGACAUGGGUGAGAUAAUGCUGCUGUCUGAUUCUGGUGAGUUCGAUCGUAUUUUAUAUUAAACUUGACAGACAGUCUUGACUGUAAUGUAGGGCUAUAUUUUUGCAGAAUAAUGUUACUCAGACCCACAAUGUGGUUAAGCUGGAUAAACAAGUUAUCUUUGUUCAAACAAACUCACAGAACGACACAGAAUCGAAUUGAAGGAAAAAGCCUGUUAGUGAGUUAGCAGCCUGUUAGCGAAGCUACCGCACAGCCGCACAGUCUCUCUGAAAUCUGCAAAAGAUCACGUUUUUAAUGCACUUAAGGCCUUCAAACGUAAAGUACAAGUCCAAACCUGGUAUUCAGAUUGAGUCUUGAAAUUGUGGAAAUAUUUCUGUAAAUUAUUUUGACAGUUCUUAAAAAUUGACAGUUUUUCCCUAGGAUAAAUAAAGUAUUCUGGUUCUGAUUCUGAAAAUUUUCUCUCAAAAAAGCUGGAUUGACUAAAAAAAAAUCUUUUAUUUAAUCUAGUUUUUGCUUUCGACUUCAUAGAUGAGAUGCAAGGCUUUGUGAUUUGAUUUUUUACCUCAAUAACUUUCCAGAACCCUUCCUGACAAUGCCUGUUAUGAGCUAUAAAAAAUUAAAGAGGGUAAUUUCAGAUUAUGCCACUUUUACAACCUCAGCCGGAGUUGUUUUAUGUGACAUGUCUGAACAAGUUGUACUGCUCUGACAGUCCUUCUUUUAAUCAAGAUGAUCUCAUGCACACUUCAAGCACAAUAUGUCGCUGGGUUGAUUAUAGGCAUUAGAAAGAAUAACCAAUGCUUUUCCAAACGGUUUUUUGGCUUCGAAGAACACGACGAAGCUGUAAGACAUUAGAAAACCGCACAAAACACAGGAAAAGUCAGUGGAAUAGGCAACACCUGUCUUUUGUUAACCAUUUUGUUUUUGCAACCGAAGAAGACAAACAAAAGAGCGCACCAGCCUCUCCCCUCUUUCCUCCCCGUGUUCACAGACACACAUACAAAUGUAGGCCAGCCAGCUUUCACCCAGCCGGUGUAAUUGUAAAGAGGAUUUGAGCUCUCUGUACUGGUCUAAUCUUUGUCGCUAACCAGAUUUGAGCAGAGGUAAGUGGCUCCUCUUCUUAGCCGGAGCAAGCCAUCAAAGAAGCAGCGAGGAAUGUGUCCUGACAGGUUGGGAAUAGAAAGGGUACCAGAGGUGAGCGAUGCGUGCAGGGCCUGUGUGUUUUGGACCACAACAAAGUAAACACUGACUUUUGAGAAGUCCUUGACCUUUUUGCAGCAAGUAGUUCUUUUUUUCCUUUCAGGGGAGACACAAACAUUCGUCUUCAGAAACCACUUUUUAGAGAAUUAAGUUUGCAGACAAAUGCAGACAACACGAACUGCUCAAGUCACUGGCUUCACUACGCUACACUACACGUCAUAUCUCUUCUCCUGCUUGUCUCGGUCUUAUAUAAGCUUCGGUUGCCUUUUCCCCCCUCCCUCUGCCAUGCUUCACUAAGUGGAAGUUUACUGUGUUCUGCAUUAAAGACCAUGUGUGCGCACAGCUGCAGCUGCGGCCUCCCAGAUGUAGACUAGCAGAGCAGUAACAUUUUUUUAUGGUGCACAGUUCACGCACUUGUACCUCAGCUUCAAAAUAUGAAGAGCAAACAGUAUCUGUGUGGAAGUAAAGCCUCUGCAAGACUGGUUCGGGUUGUUAAUGCAACACUUAACUCUUAAACUAGGAAUACAUAUAUAUUCAAAUCAAGGUUACAUUAAAAGAAAUCAUGAAGCAGGGGAAAAUAUACGUUACCCUGGAAACUAAGUGAUCUGCUCGGGGUGUUCCAACUAGGGUACCUCAUGAUUUGAUUAUAGGAACUUCGAUUCUUCGGUUAUAAUGAUUGUUGAUUCGAUUAUUGAUGCCACGAUUCUUUGAUUAUUGCCAUUUUUAAUGCUUUUUUCCAUACUAGAUUAAUUUUUUCUUCAUCUGUGGUUGCAUUUGUAAAUAAAUAUACUAUCAAUUAACUCAGUUCCUCUAAAACUAGAUUCAAUAAGUAACAUUUGACACAAAAUAUUUUAUUUUAUGACUCUGACUGUUAUGUAACAUUUGCACUUUGGCCUACUUAACUUAAACUGGGAAGUUUGGAGACAGCCUCCAGGAUGGUCCUCUGUGUGGCGGGCGCGACCCGUAGAGCCUUGUCUGUUUCUGGAUGAAAGCGCACAAGGUGCUACCUCAUGUUUGUGGUGUUGCUGAGGGUCUUUAUUUUUUGCAAAUCGCGUAGGUCUUGUCAGUUGUCACGUUUGCUCCCGUAUAAAAUCUAAAGUACUUCCACACGGUUGCAGUCAACCGUGGUCGCGAGAGAAUCAGCCGCUCUUUGGAGUCUGCUGAAGCUGUUGCCAUUUUGCAAAGAAACAAACGUGCUCCGUUUGUUGUGGUCCCACCCACUAAACAGUCUGGGCAGCACGCGCAUUUAAGGUUCCGGUUAGGUGUUUUUUUGUACUGACUCGUCACGUGAAGCAUCACGAUGCAUCGAACCCAGAGAUGAAUUGCACCCACCUUGUUGUUAAUGCAAAAGUUAAACUAACUCUAGGAAAUACAUCAGAUCAAAUCAAAUCAGGGGUUACUUUAAAAGAAAUAAAGAAAUCAUGAAGGAAGGAAAAAUAUACCUUUCCCUGGAAACUAAGCGAUCUACAUGUUUAUGUUUGGACUGCAGAUUUAGAAUCACAAAGACUCAUGAUGGGUGUUCGGUGUAAAACUAAAGGCUUCGUUUGUCAGCUGUGCAUCCUUGUUCAGACAGAUCGUUGGGAGGAUGACAAAAAAGUUUAAUUUUUAAACAAUAACUUUUCCAGGAGGGAUGAAAACAGUAUAUUUUCCUUUUUCGCUUUAGCUGUCUGAAAAUCAUUGUUUUGAGUGAUAUUGGAAAGGAUAGCCCCUAUCUUGCAGGAAAGUACUGCCUAAGGGCUGUAAAAACUCAGUGUAAGUACCUCUGGUCAAACUACAGUUUGUGAGAUCCUAAACAGAAAUUUAUGGGGAAGGAACAGGCUGUAUCAUCACAUUUUUGAAAGGAUGUUUUCUUUUUUUUCUUUUCUCCCUGAACGUGCAGUACAGCAUGUACAUCACCUGUUUUGACUCUGCCAACACACUAGAGAGUGUUGCAAUUGCUCAGUCUGUCAACAGUGAGUAAGUCCGACAAAUGGUGCAAUGAUUCAGCUGUUCCUAAAUCAACUCAAGCACUUUCUAAUAUAGUCUUUGUGUCUCAUGAGAUAACAAAAAAAGUGCAAUAAUGUUCUUUUCAUAAAUGUUUCAGAGUUGGUGUUUUUUUUUCAUAUUAUGAUAACUCCGUCUGUUUGACAAGUGUCCUGGUAGGAGUCUUUCAUCAAACUUCAAACACAGAAUAGAGCAGCCCUGUAUUUAAAAAAAUCUGUGUUUCUCUCUAGUGCUCUUUGUUAGGGCUCUGACUACUGCAAGCUGAUCUGCUGCUCGUUUUUCUCUCAGCUUCCAGACAUCCAUUUACUAAGACGAUGGUCUGCUGUUGUUUUCUUUCUGCUCUGCGAUAGGUUGAUAGAUCAUACCAAUGAAAAAUUUGCUAGAUUGUGAUUGUUGCUCGAUCAGAAUCGAGUAUCAAGAUUGUUUUAGUGAGGAUGAAAGCAGCAUCAACCUUUGAAAAGUUAGAGGGUACUUAGUAGGGCCCUUAAUCGGACGAUUUUUAAAUUUUUAGUAAUUUUUUUAACUUUUAAAAAGUUAUACAUUAUAUAUAUAUAUAUAUAUAUAUAUAUAUUGUAGAUAUCUACAUUAUACUAUAUACUGUAGAUAUACCACUCGGACAGGAAGACCGACUGAUCAAACUCGGACCAGAAAAGCAUUUCUGCUUCAGAUCCGUCGCUCUGCUGUGCUGUGAGGUAGUUAGUGGAUGAGGAUUGUCAUGAUGUCACUGCGCCAUCUACAGGAUAAGUCGGGGAACUUUGCAAAUGGCGGAACAUUUUCGAAGAGAAUCUUAUUCUCCACACUUUAUUUCUGAUAAUAUCAGUGAAAAUUGGCGAGUUUUGGCUGAUUACCGAUUAGUCUCAAACGGGCUAAAAAUUUAAUUUAAUCAAUCGACAACACUGGCACGGAAACGUCUGUGGUAUUUUGUUUUUUUGAGAUCGGACAUGAAGCAGAGUAAUGUGCACUUCAAAUUAUGUUGAGUACAUGUUCGCAGAAAGUCGGGGAAUACCUCAGAUCUUUUUCACGACCUGAAGCAGUGCCAUGCGGCAGAGCACGCGCAAUGCAAAAAGUUACAAACCCCGAGCGGAGCAUGGAGCCCGUGGCUCCUGUGCAGCCUAAACAGGCGACCAUUCAGUCCGCUCUCUCUAGCGCAACGCCUUACGACAAAACGUAGAAAAGACACAAAGACCUCACAGAUACAGAAGCUUAUUGUAUUGUAUGAACACUGUUAAAUUUAAUUUUUAUAUCGUGAUAUAUAUUGAUAUCAACUGAUAUGAGCAGCAUCAACCUUUGAAAAGACAGAGGGUUACUUCUAUUCUGUCAAAUGUCAACAUAAAUCCAAAGUUCUUUAGAAACGCCUUUUUGAUCUGCCCACUAAAAAGUCAAACUCCUCAUAUGGAAAUCAGAUUGUACAAAUUUUCAGCAGGAGCUGGGUCAGCCCGGCAGGAGGUAGUGGAGGGAUCAUGUUAUGACCAAAGCUCGUUACAUUUCCUGCUGCAGAUAACGGCCCCGAGUUUCCACACCCUCUAAAUGAAUCCGUCAAACAAAAUAGAGGUCUGAGGUCGCCUGUGAAACGGGAUAUUCUGUACAGACUUCUGUCAUGGGCUGAUUGCGAGCAUGUCAGCUGGAACUGGCAGCCUCAAAGUGAUUGAUUAACCACUGUGUUGGAACUAUGAGUAGACGCUUAUCUGUCCUCGCAGAUGGGUGUGGGCAGAGUUUGAACAAGCUGACUGUGUGAUAGGCAGAUAAGGCCCUCUCUAUUCAAUCGAUUAUUUUCUCAGCGUUUGGUCAAUAAUCUUGAGAGUACAACAGGCAACACAUGGGAUUGAGAUAUAAUUUGUCCCUCUUUUAAAGAUGAAAAUCUGCAUUCAGUUAAACUCACUCUGCAUGUUUCAUUGAAUGUGUCUUUGUCGGAGUGAUACAUCUUUUCCUCCAUUUUUAAAUGUUUUUCAUGGAAAGCAAUUAACCCGAGUGUUGAACUUGUGCCCAUAAUGACUGUUUUCUCUGCCCCCCUCCCCUCUCACUUAUUCUCUCUUCUUCCUCUUUGACUGUCUUUUUAUUUUUUUCUCCUCCUCACUCUCUCCUCUCCUCCCAUUCUCUGCUUCUCUCUUCAGUCUAGUAAGGAAGAUAAACUGUCCAGCCGUAUUCAGAGCAUGCUGGGCAAUUACGACGAGAUGAAAGAACCGAUUGGUGACACACUUCCAAAGCUCAGCUGUAAACCUUCUAACAGCUCGUCUUCCUCCGAGGAGAAAUCAGGCCCGCCUUUAUUCAGCGGGGACCAGCGUGGCGUUGGUAGCAGUGGCAGCAGCCAGAGCAGUAAGUGGACUCCAGUAGGCCCUGCCGGGGGUGCGUCUUCAUCCCAGUCCCAGAAACGCUCAGGACUAAGCAGCCAGAGGGGAAACGGAGGCAGUAGCGGCAGCAGCAGCAGUAGCCAAAGACACGGAGGGGAGGUGCGGGAAAAGAAGUCAAGUAAACACAGCGGAGGGUCAGAGCACUCAAAGUCACACACAUCGAGUCCAGCCAAAGGCUCCCUCAGCUCCUCGAGCAGCAACAGCCACUUGCGGAGCUCCUUGUCUGCCGAGCAGCACCACAGCAAAGAGCGAUAUCGCUCCAAAUCCCCACGAGACAGAGAGGCCAACUGGGACUCCCCCUCGCGGGUUCACACCUCCUUCCCCAGCGGUCAACACUCAAGUCAGGCAUUUCCCCCGUCUUUAAUGUCCAAACCCGGCUCCAUGCUGCAAAAGCCCACAGCAUACGUUCGGCCUAUGGACGGCCAGGAAACUGCAGAACCCAAGAGCUCACAGCCAGAAAGCUACAGCGGCCAGUCGCACAGCAGCACCAUGGGAGAGAUGAAGUCCAACAGCAAGGCCUCACUGUCCAAACUCAAGAUCCCCUCACAGCCUGUAGAGGUACAGUUUGCUCACGCAUACUUCAUAUUGAAUUAAUCUACAAUCUGCAGCUUAUUUAAACAAGUGGGUUCUCAUGCAGAACUGCAGAUAUAAGAGAAACGGUGUUUAUGUUGAGAGCUUAAAGCCUCCAUAUAGGAUAACCAGACCCAUGUUCCCAACAGCAUGUUAUACUUGGGUUAGCUGAACCCUCAUAAAAUGUCUAAAGGGUGACUCAUGCUCCUUAAAAUGGAUGCUCACCUGCUGCACAACACCGUGCCGUUUAUGAACACAUGCUGAACUUAAUGUGUCUGUCUUUAGGGAUCCGGGGAUGCCAACUGUGUCGAUGAAAUUCUAAAGGUAUGUGUAGAAAAUUCUCUGGUAUGGGCGCUCAGAGGAAAAAGUGAAUGAAAGGGCAUUUCACAUUACUCACCCUCAACUAAUUUGCACAUUUUUUCCCUGUGUCUGUGUGCGUUUUUUUUUUUUUUUCUCUUUUCUUUCAGGAAAUGACUCAGUCGUGGCCUCCUCCGCUGACAGCCAUCCACACCCCCUGUAAAACAGAGCCCUCCAAGUUUCCUUUCCCUACCAAGGUCAGCUUUGCACCGAUUCCUGUGUGAAAUGAUUAUGUGGCAUGAUCAAAUAAUAAAGCUGUGAUAUUAGUUUUUGUGUAAACACUCCUACAACAAGUAACUACAACUACACUUCCAUAAGGUUUGAUGGUUUGCAAAUCCUUAAAGGCUGAUAAUUAAUUGGAAACAGUGCAAAGACAACAAGUUGAACGUGAAACUAAAAUUGUGUUUUUUAAUUGUAAAGUAUUAGUUCUUUUUUCUGUAAAUGUUGGGAACCCAGGAGACUCGUUUCUGGGUUUUUAAAAGUUAAAUCUUGUCCCGUUCUUGCUUGAUAAAGAGCUCCAGCUCAACUCCAGAACUCUAGCUUGGUUUUAUCCUGUUUUUUUGUUGAUAUCACACUAGCUGCGUUUACAUGGGCACAAACAAUCAGAAUAAAAAUGCGUCAUGUAAACAUGUCGAUCGGAAAAUUGCAAUCCAAUUAAGCUCAAUCGGACAGAAAUUGUGUUCCGAUGGAGAGGGGUGGUUUAUGCCGAUAGUUAUUCCGAAACACGUCCAUGUAAACACUUAUUCCGAUCGUGACUUUCUAACCUGACUCAUUCUUCACUCUUCAGUCUUUGUAUUAAUUGAGGUCAGUACAGGAGGUUUAACACUCAGGUGCCAUGUCUGCUCCUCUGAUAACAUAACAAGGCGUACAUACAGCUUAUGAUGUCACAUCUGCACGCACGGUGCAACCUUUGACAGAACAGUCAAAUAAGUAAGCAAGGGCGCCAUCUAGUGAUGACAUUUAAAAGAGGGUAAAAUCCUGAAUUGGCUGAAGCGAGCCACUAUUGUUGGUAUGUUGACAGCAAAGGUGUGAAUACAGCUCUUCUUCUGCGUUUGUUUUAGUGAAAUCAGACAAAUCUGCGCAUGUCCAAAAGUUUCUAAUCUGAAUAAAAUUUGUCAUGAUCGCGUUAUUGGAUUUUGCGUCCAUAUAAAUAGUGGAUUCAGACUUUCCAAUCCCUCAAAUUUUUAAUCAGAUCAAGGAAUUUUGCUCACGUAAACAUGGCUUGUGAAGAUGUUUUCAGCGGAUGACAUGUUUGGAGGUUUGCAGACCGGCACUUGAACUCUUCUCCUAUGAAAUCACGCUGUUGUGAUACAUGCAAAUAUAGUUCGGCAUCGUCUUGCUGUGUUGUGUCAGGUCUUUUCUGGAUGGCAGCAUUUGUUGCCCCAGAACCUGUUUGUUAUCUAGUCCUAUCGGUGACUUCCUGGAUGUGUUAACUACUCUAAACUUUUUUUUUUUUUGGCAUUACACAACUGUUGUCAUCUUUCUUGCCCAUUUCCUGAGUGUUUUGAAAUGUGCGUCUGGCUUCAUAUUCAAACAUUUUCCAGUUACAACAUCUAAUUUGUUGGCUUGAACUACUUUCAAUCAAAUUCAGCCCAUCAAUGGUUUGCAAACUGUGAAAUUCAUUUCAACAUUUCACACAGUAACCCAGCUAUGAUGGAACUCGGGUUAUAUUAAGUAGUGAGACUUACUUAUGAGCAAAUAUUUAACUUUAGAGAAAGGUUUUCUUCCUAGUCGUUUUGGGUGAUUUUAGCCACAAACUCAAACAUGAAGAAAUCCUCUUUAACUGAUUUAUUCACUUCAUCAUUUCAAGUCAGAGGAUCAAUUAUAAAUGCGUUCAUGAAAUAAUUCAGAAUCUCUCUUUUUUUUCACCGCAGGACUCUCACGCUUUUCCAAGUGGACACAGUAAGUUUUGCACAUUUCUGAUUGACACCUCAACACCCCAAAGCUCAUCUGAAAAAGGAUUCAUAUAUAAAUUGUGUCAUAUGUCAGUUCUUAGUUUUGGCCGUGUGUUUUUCAGAGCGAGGCAGUUCUUCCAAAAGCUCAAGCAGCCACCAGCCCAAAGCUUGCGAUGACCAGCCCACGUGAGUGCUUCAUCCUUUCCUCUCAAUCUUAAGUCUGUGUGUGUAGUUUUCCAAGAAUUGAGUCCUGACAACAGAGAUCAGGAUACUGAUACAAAUAUUCAUGAUGAGCUCGGUCAGUAACCAGGCGUACAUGUAUGGCCUCCCUAAGUCAUGCAGAAAAGGUAAAGAGAAGCAAUAAAAACCAAAGACUUGAGUUUGUGUCCUUCCUGUAUCGCAGUAUGCUUGAAGAUGACCUGAAGCUGAGCAGCAGCGAGGACAGUGACGGAGAACAGGACUCCGCCAAGAAUGCCUCAAGGAACACAUCAGCGAGGUAAAAAAAGAGGAUUUAAACGAUUUUGAAACGUGAAUGUUGGGUUCUGUGACUGGGCGAUGUUGACUCCAGAUAAAGUUUGAGGCAACAAUAGUUUAGUGUUGGCUUGAUUAUGAGCACAGGCGUAUUUCCUGUCACGUUUCCUUAUCUUAUGGUGCACAAGUUAGAUAACUUUAUGGUUAUUGCUGUAGUUUAAGUCUCACUUCAGACUAAACAGGAUUGUUUGUGAUUCAGUCACAAGAAAAUAUACUCAGAUCUAGCCAUGGUGUCCGGUUUUAGUACAGUGUAAUAGUAUUUCUUAAGCGACAAAAUGAUAAAAAUGUUAUAUUUUCUAUUUACUUAAGCUUGGAAGAUGUCGUUCUUUUAAAUGAUGAAAAAGAGCUUAAAUUGUUGGCUGCUUUUUUUUUUUUUUUUGGUAUUUUGUUGGUCAGGAUUGGGGAUGGGUGAUAAAUUAUCGUUCACGGUUUAUCGUCAGAAAAUUCCUCCACGAUAAAUAUUUGCCAUCUUGUGAUAAAUGCAAGUUGAUGACGUAAGCGCGAGCAACAUAUAUCUCUUAUCUCUACAACCUACCACUCAAACUUGUGGUUAAGAAUCUUAUUUGACUUCACCAACCGGUGUCCUCAAGACAGAAUGAGUCAAAAAUAUAGAUUGGAAUUAUUAUAUAUUUUAUCAGGACUUUUAUCAUUAUCGGUAGAAUGGCAAAACUAAUCGUGAUAAAUUUUGUAGCCUAUAUCGCCCCCCCCUAGUCAGGAUAUCAUGGACUGGGUCUCUUUGAGAAACGCUCUUUUGAAAGUUUUGCCUUAAAAAAUCAGUUAUUGAACCUUAGCCGAGCCGAAUCGGUAUCAGUUAGGGCUGGGCGAUACAUCAAAUAUUUACUGAUACUGAAAUUUACAACAAAAACCAACAUAAUUUUGCAUCGGUAUCGGCAGAUAUCCAAAUCCAGGAAUUGAGAUUGGAUCGGAUGUGAAAAAAUGUGGACUGGUGCAUCCCUUCCUUCAGCUACUUAAGUGUCAGCGUUUUGAACAGCUGAUAGAUAACAUACAGCACAGACACGGCUUUGUAAGUUUCGAACUAUAAUGUUAGUCAUACGUUGGACACAGGGUUUGUAUCUCAGGACAAGAUGCACUCGCUUAAUGCAUUAUUCAAUGUGUGAAAAAAGAACAAUCAAGUGUGGACUGUAUAGCUUUUACUCACAGUAUAAUACAGUUUGACUCUUUUUCAUUACUACAGCAAUAACAGCGAAGGAGCGGAGCAAUCCAGGGACGACUCGAGCAGCCACAGCGGCUCAGAGAGCAGCUCAGGCUCAGACAGUGAGAGCGAAAGCAGCACGACCGACAGCGAAGCCAACGAGCACCCACGGCCCGCCUCUCCUGAAGUAAUGACUCAGCAGUAACUUGGUUCAAAUCUGUAGUGCUACUUAGUGAUGAUUUUGUACUCUAUUAACUAGUAAUUCCAACAGCGCCGGCUGAUCCUGGGAUGGGAUUGUGAGGAGACGCUGAUACCACUGAAAAGAAAAUCACAUUUUGAUAUUUUCAGUUUUGAUUGACGAGCUGUCAGCUUAGUUUCUAAUAUUUUUGUGUCCUCCUGUUCCCUCCCCAGCCUGAACAACCCAUGGCCAACAAGUGGCAGCUGGACAACUGGUUCAAGAAAGCAAAGCAGUUCUCCCCAGCGUCUCCGGUAGACAAUAACGUCCCAACAAAGUGCAAGAAAGAAGGCAGGGAUAACAGUUCGGGACGUGGCUACAGCAGCCAGGGAGGGAGCUCAAAAGACUCAGCAACACCCACCCCAAGCAGGGACCUUCGGGCGGCGCAAAAGGGUGCCGAGGGUGGCCGAGGUAGGCAAAAAUCCCCCGCCCAGAGCGAGGGUGGUACAAAUCCGCGAAGGAGUAUUGGUAAGAAACAGCCGAAAAAGUCGGAGAAGCCUCCAGUGGUUGAAGAACCCAAAGGAGGUCUAAGGGUGGAGAGCGAGCCGGCGCCUGAGAUCCCUCCUCACCGGCCCAAAGCUGCUACGAAAGGUUCCCGGAAACCGAGCAUCAAAAAAGAACCCAAAUCCUCCCCGAGGCCGACUGCACCUGCCGUCACCACCACCGCGGACAAACGCAAGGCCAAGGCGCCCACCAAGACAUCCCAGAAGUCUCGGGAGUUUGUGGAAACGGACUCUUCAUCAUCAGACUCUGAGGGAAAUGACAGCAUCCCAUCUUCAUCGCAGACGCCCAAGUACACGGAGAGCAUCAGGACCCCGGUCUGCGUGUUCUCUCCUAUGGAAGAGAAAGAGCUGCUGUCUCCUCUCAGUGACCCAGAGGAGCGGUAUCCUCUCAGGCCGCCUCAGCAGCAGGUUCUACUGGUGAAGAUAGGUGAGUAGAAACUUUUCAAAGGAAAGAAGAAGAAGUCUGAUGUUUCUGUAACUUUGUUUGACUCAUCUAGCCGGAGGACACGCUCCUUAAGCAGACCAAGUUAAAGCUCCCCUACCUUUCCCUUUCCUCCCUUCUUCCUAUAGAUCUCAGCUUGCUGUCUCGGAUCCCAGGGCGGCCCUACAAGGAACCUGUGGAGAUAAAAGUGGAGAGAGACGACUCUCUUGACAGAGACAGUAAAGACUUCAGCAAGCAGAGCUCUGAGAAGAGCUCGAGUAAGGCCAAGAGAAAACACAAGGUAUGAGACUUGGACCUUAACUUAAGCCCACUUUCUUUAAAUCUGUCACUAGUUUAAAAAGAAAGUUAAAAAAGUUUGUCUUACUCUUAAACACACAAGUGUUCGAAAAGGAUUAUGCACACCGAACAAGCGUUUAUUUGUUUGUUGUCCCUUCAUGGAAGCUAUAAAUGUUCUCACUUAUUUGCCUUUCCAGGAUCCUGUAACUCUUAGAAUAACCUCCGGACAGAUUUCCAUUAAAGCAGACAGAAACACCUUUGAGUUAGAGGAACAAUGGAUUCAGUUUUGGUGGAGAUCCAGAUUUAGAACUUCUGUUUUGUUUAGCCGGGAAACUACUAGAAAGAGUUUGUGAUGUUAUGAUGUAACAGAGUUGUGCGUCCGUUUUGUGCCGCAGCUCAGAAGAUUUUUUAGCUCGUCUCCCAAUCAACGCUACAUCAACAGGAAUAUAUAAAUCCUUUAAUGUGUCUCUGCUUUUAAUCAGUCUUGAUGUUUUUUCUUUUUUUUGUCCUCCAGAAUGACGAAGAAGGAACCAAACCAGAGAGCAAGCGGUGCAAGCUGGAGGAGAAGUCGCUCUCUCAUCACAAAAACAGCAGUAAAGAGUAUGUACUCUUCCUUUCCUCCCUCCUGAUUGUCACUCGCAGUAACCCAUCUGCACAUUGGGGACACUUGGCACCCUCCCUGCAACAGUAGUACUUAAUUUGGUUACAGGCAAAAUAACGCUCGCCAGAUGUCUGUUUCUCUAUUUGUACAAUUCACAAAAGACAGCCUGUAAACUCUAAUGGGCACUUUAAGAGCUCAGUGACUCAGCUUGAUUAUUACCUUAUAGCUUCUCCAAGCUGCACCUGUUAACCUUUUACCCGAGUGAUGCCCCCACCCCGUCUGUCAAUACUUGAUUUUUGAGUCACUGCUACAAAAUUAGCCAACAGUGCGACCGUUUUACUCACAUGUGCGACUAAAAAUAGAUGUAUGUGAAUUGUAAAAUGUAUUUAGAGUAGGGUGACCAUAUUUUGACUUUCCAAAAAAGAGGACACGACUACACAGGGCCGAGGUCAUGGACUCACACGAAGUUAAUUUUGAGAGUUUUUCGGGUUGGAUCAAGUGUUUUUUAUGUGCUUCUAACUCAGUAAGUCCACAUGACACAGAAUCGAAAUUUACGAUCGCAACCGCAGACAUUUGAAGGAUUUUAUAAACUUGCUCAGACAAAGCCGAACAAACCCGGACGCAAAUUUUUUUUUGUUGGAUGGUAGGGGAAGGUCCCGCCCUCCUUUGCCUCUUAUUGACUUGAAGUGCUGGGCUCUGAUUGGUUAUUCCUAAUGGCUGUGAAACGUCAUGGUCUGUCGGGUUAGGGUUAGGGUUAGGAUGAGGGUUAGGAGAUUCAGAAGUGCAAUAAUGUUCUGUAAUGUUCUGUUGGAUGUACAGAGCCGACAGCCCGCGUUUGGCUUGAGCGUGUGAUGACGUUUCCUGCUUUUCUAGCCAAUCAGAGGUGAAGGAGGCGGGACUUUCCCCCACUGUACUGUUAAAUCUCCUCGGGUGUUGAAAAAGGGACCAUCAAUAAAUUACCAGUUGAUGUUCUCAAAAAAGGCUGUUUUCCUUCAAUAGCUUCCAUGUCAUGUGACCAAUUGAUCCAAAAUUGAUUUUAAAUAAUAGUACUAAGGUUGGACAAUAAGACACACCUCUUUAUUUCCCUAACUUGUCCUCUAAAGAGACAAAUUUUUGACCAUUUGCUUCAAAAGCUUCUAUGUCAUGUGACCAAAAGACCUAAAAUAGAUUUCAAAUUGAAGCACUUAUGUCGACCAAUAAGACACUCAUUAUUUGAUCAAUUUUCAUUGUGCCCCUAAAGUUCUUUGUGUGCUCCUUGCUGUUUAACUUAGGAGCACAGGUUCUCCUUGUGCAAAAAGUUAGUGUCAAGCCCUGUUGGUCCAUUUGAAUAGUUUUUAUAUCUAAGAAGCUUAAACAUGGUUUUACUCCUGCCAGGUCCAAGAGGUCUCUGGAGAAAAAAGAAGAGCCGGUCCCCUCUCCCUCCAUGUCAGGUCUUCAGCGGACGCCCAAAGCGGAGCAUCCGAGCCGAAAGAGAACAGUCAGCCAGUCCUCCACCUCAUUGUCCAGCGGGACUGGAAGUGGAAAGGAAGGAAGCCACAGCACCAAGGGCAGCUCCACCUCCAAGCACAGAAAAGGAGAGGACAAGGGACGCAGUACACGGGACAGUAAGGUCAGUGCGAGUGACCUUCUCACUGAGCAUUCGCUGCGUGUCUGAAUACCUGGAAAGCUUUUGGGGACUGUGCAUGCGAGCUUUCAUCAUGUUUACCAACUGUGCACUGUUCUCCCUGAGGACUUUAACCGCCUCUGCAUGCUCUGACUGUGCGUGAGAACAUCCAAGCAGCUAAUCACUGACUUGAGCGAGCCCAAUAUCUAUACAGCAGAGAACAUUUCUACCUCCACGUACCCUCAGUCUCACCUUUUCCUCCGUAUCAUCCUCCACUUCAAACAGCAGGCCCCUACUUUUUCCUCCCCUGAAACUUUAUUCCCUGUCUCUGCAGGAGAAAUCCUCAAAGGGCUGUGAUAACCAGCUGGCUGUGCCGCCGCUCUCCACUGACGGCUCCAAGUCUCAGAGAUCCAAGCUGGUGUUUGAGGACAGGUAAGAGGAGCUCUUUCCACUGCGGAUAACCCCCUCAGCAGGGUAGAGCAGAAAGAACUGCUGUGAGGAUCUAGGGUUGCCUUUGAUGCAUAAAGCCGUAGGAGGUUGAGGAGGUCAUGAAUAGAUGUGCCUGCAUGCAGGAGGGAUGACGUAAAUUUCCAUGUUAAAGGGCUCCCAGUUGGGAGACUGUAAUUACGUGCAGCAGUUAAGAAACAACAUGGUCUUGAUUUAUUUAUUUUUUCAUGCCUUUUAAUUAGCAGUUUGUGCCUAAAGUACGGUGGCUGGGAAGUGCAAAUCAAAAUCACAAAAAAAUCUGAAACACUUUUACAAUUUGUAAAAAAAAUUUACAUACUAUAGUAUGAUUUUUUUCAUUAAAAAAAUAUUGGAAUUUUUUAUCAUACUCUACUGACAUUUUUUAUCAUACUAAACUAUGACUUUUUUUUCAUACCAAAAUUUGAAUUUUUUUUUCUACUAUCCUUACAUUUUAGCAUACCAUACUAUGAUAAUUUUUUAUCAUACUAUACAAUGUUUUUUUAUACCGAAAUAUUUUUUUUUUAUUAUGACACUAAUCUAUGUCAUUUUUUAACAUAUUAUACCAUGGCAUAUUUUUUUUAGUGUAAUAUUUGAAAUUUUUAUCAUACUUUACUAUAACAUUUUUAUCAUAUUGUACUAUGAUAUUUUUAUCAUUCAUACUAUGGCCUUUUAAUCAUACUAUACUGACAUUUUUUAUCAUAUUUUACUAUAACAUUUUAUCGUAUUGUACUAUGACAUUUCAAUCAUACACUACUAUGAUAUUUUGAUAUAUUGACUAUGAUAAAUGUCAUAGUAUGGUAUGAUAAAAAUAUCAUAGUACAAUAUGAUAAAAAUGUUAAAGUAUGAAAAAAUGUCAUAGUAUAGUAUGAUUAAAAUGUCAUAGUACAAUAGGAUAAAAUGUUAACAUACAUGAAAUUUUUUCAAAGUAAAACUUGAAAUUUUUAUCAUACUAUAAUAUAAAAUUUUUAUCUUUUUUAAAAAAUUUAUUUAUUUUAAAAAAUACAUUUAUUAAAAGUUUGUAAAAAUGUUUCAGAUUUUGUCGUUUUGAUUUGCACUUUCUAGCCACUGUACAAAAGAGAUAAAGAUAUUUGUGUUUCUUGAAGUUUUUCAGAAACAUUUCAGGAAAACGAUCCCAUUUUUCCCUCUUCUGUUUUUCUUCUAGAGUCCACUCAGCAGAUCACUACUUACAAGAGGCCAAGAAGCUGAAACACAAUGCAGAUGCACUGGUAAGAACAAGCCUCGGACUAUUUGCAUAUGGAUUUGCGAUGCUAUGGUAUCAGUUGCUGCAUGCAAAGCAGUGAGAGGAGAGGCUUGUGAAACAACAAAACAUGGACCUCAGAGUAAAACCAGUUUCGAGUUCGUUUGUCCUUGAGGACGCAUCAAAAUUCAAGCAUUUCCAGCCAAACAAUGAGUCCAUGCCUCAGCUGCUGAUUGGCUGCGUACGACUGACAGUGGUUUUAAUUUUGCUCUGUCCCUGUCCGCUCUCUCUUUCACAGUUGGACCGCUUUGAUAAGGCUGUUUAUUAUCUGGACGCUGUGGUGUCUUUUAUUGAAUGUGGGAACGCUCUGGAAAAGAGCGCCCAAGAGUCCAAGUCUCCCUUUCCCAUGUAUGCAGAAACGGUGGAACUCAUCAAGUAAGGACGAAUAUCUGAAUCUGGAUCAGCCUCACAGAUUUUAAAAUUAAAAGUUAAAUCCUUUGACUCCUCUUUAAACAUUCUGUCCGUCUGUGUUUAGAUACACUAUGAAAUUAAAAAGCUACAUGGCCCCAGAUGCGACGCCAGCAGACAAGAGGCUAGCUGUGCUCUGGUAAGUCAGCUGAUUGACAUCUUGUGAUGGAUUUUUUUCUUUUUUCUUAUAGUCAGGAGGCACAGUUCUGUCUUUAGCCUUCAACUCAAAGCUCUCAGAUUCAGGCCUGUUAGAUUAAGGAACCUUAUGUAUUUAAGCAGUCCGCAUACUUGUGGGUAUUGCUUUCUUGGCAAGUCUCACAUCUAUAUUAAUCCAUUUGUCUUCGCAGCCUACGAUGCCAGUCCCUUCUCUACCUGCGGGUAUUCAAGCUGAGGAAAGACAGCGCACUUAAAUACUCCAAAACACUCACUGAACACUUAAAGGUACUCCUGUUUCCUUGAAUCUAAACACGAGGUCUCGCUUGGCAAACUAUCAAAAACCACAUUCCAUGUAUGCUGUUUUUCUGUGGAUGCAUAACCUGCUUCCUGUCCGUGUACAUAAUGUCUUUCCUCUGUUUUUGCUCCACAAGAAUUCCCUGAGUAACACCCAGGCUCCCUCUCCUGGAAUGGGAAAGUAAGUCACGGUCUCCUCCUUCUACUUCUAGAAGUAACUGGAAAUUAAACAUCUGUGUUUCACAAAAGUUUGACAUUUAUGCGUCGCUUAAAAUAUUCUUUAAAUGCAGAUUUUUAGAAGCAGUUUCUCCGUCUUGUUGUGAAGCGCAGUCUGGAUCUAUAAAGUCUGAAUCUAUAAAGUCUUACUUUAAAGCAAACAAAUCACAGUUGACCACAUUCAAAUGGCGGCUCUCUUGCUUUAUUCAUGUGAUUCUAAAAUAAUGUACCAGUUUGUACCUAAUAACCAACAGUUAAGGAGUAAUACUAAGAUUUCUACUUGAUACAUUAAGUAUAUAAUGUUGUAGGAUAUGAUAUAUGAGCAGGGUUCUUACACAGUUGUGUAUUUCCAUACUUUUCCAUACCUUACUUUUUAGAAUUAUCUUUAGAAAUACCUACUUUCUAUUUUAGAAAACAGUUUUUAGAUUUGUCUGACAGCAUAGAUAUUUUUCCAUACUUUAUUUCUCAUUUACCACACUUUUUAAGAACUGGAAAUUUAUCAAACUACUUUCGUACUUUUCCAUACUUUCCAUACUUGCAUAGGAUCCCUGUAAGAGGCUCAAGUUAUCCGGCUAGUAGAGAUGAGAAUGCUUGUUUACAGUGUUCCAAUGCUAACUCUAGCUGCUGUGAGCACUUCCGUGUUUUAACGUCUUGUUUUGUCUUUCAAAAUGGCCCAAAGUCCAUGUAGAUUUUUACCGUUUGUUGUCUUUUUUAGUUAUUCAUUCAUUCAUCCACAAUCGAACUGAGUCCACUUGGUCAGGUGUGAAAGUGACCUAAAACCUAUGAAAUGAUAAUAAUUUGUCAGAUUUAUAAAGUUUGAAGCAGCAUAAAAGCAUGUUUAUUUCCAAUUUUAAGAUCAGAACGUCAAAGGGAAACAGUCGAUACUUUCAGUUGUAAGUUAGCCUCAAUUUAGUGAGAGGUCAAAAUCUCUGAAAACGACUCACUGUUUUAUGUUUUGCGUCUGUUUCCCAAUGCAGCAAGGCAGCAGGUAUGCCCUCUCCCGUGUCUCCCAAGCUGUCACCAGGCACAGCCGGUGGUUACUCGUCGGUCAGCAGCACUAGCAGCGCCAGCUCGUCUGUGACUAUACCUCAGCGUAUUCAUCAGAUGGCCGCCAGCUACGUCCAGGUCACCUCUAACUUCCUGUACGCCACUGAGGUCUGGGACCAGGCGGAGCAGCUUUCAAAGGAGCAGAAAGGUAACCUAGCAUUGCUUUAUUAUUGUUAUUAUUUUUAUUUUUAUUACCACACAGAAAAAUAUUCCUCCAACCUUUAUGUGAUUCUGAAAAAACACAACUAAUAAACACAGGUGCAAGCUUCUGAGCCGUCAAAGGUCAGCUGUGCUGUGACUUUAUAUUACCCCGUAAAAACGCUUCUGUUUACAUCUCGUCUCAGUCUCUUGAGCGUAAUAUCUCAGGAAAGCCCGGAGGGUAUUCUUAAAUUUUGCGCUAUCAUUCACCUGAGCCGAAAUCUCCUCAUCAUCCACAUCCGCUCUGGUCUCAUCGUGAUCGGGAUAUCUCAGGAACACCUGGAGGGAAUUUGAUUACAUUUUUAUUUCGUUAUACGUCCGAGAGAACAACAACAUCUGCAGUCAAUUAGGGGACAAUCUCCUCUUACUGUAACCCAUGCAUAAGCUGUUACAGUCUUCUUGGUAUUAUGUCCUUCCUGUCCGUCCUUUAUUAUGUCCUUAAUGCAGGCUUCAUUCUUUGCUGCUGUUUUGAUUUAGGGUACAGCAUUCAAUAAAUACUUUCAGGAUAAUUAUUUCAAUACUGAUAUAUUAUCUGUUCCCUGCUGUAGAAAACACUGAUUAUUUGGCAGUUGGAGGGAAAAUACUCGAGGUGGAAAUAUGACGGUGUAUUAGGUCAUCAUGAACCUCAAAUUCCCUUCGCAUAGAUAAAGAAUUAGUCAUUACAUCAUUAAAUGAAUCAAUACAGGACUUUCUGUUAGAGAGCCAGAUCACUCUUUAAUUAGUCCUCAGAGUAUACCAACAUUAUCUCCGUCAGGGUUCCCCCCCUGGUGGGAGUUGAGCUGAAUCAAUACGUCCUGAGUGUUUUUUUGUUCUGGUCUGUGUGAUAAAUACUGUUCCUAGUACCAUCCCUAAUGGGCACAGCGAGGCGGUUUCCUAAAAUGACUGCGCUCUGAGCUCUUGUGCGGGGGGGUUUUUGGCUCGUAAGUGAACUUAAUAGUGAUUUUUUUUGAGGAGCUGAAAUAAACAAGACAGACGUCGUGGUGAAGAGGAGCUGUUUUGAUGAUGGAUUUAGUAGCGAGGAUAGGUGUGUGACUAAGCGGGCGCAGAAACAGACUUUGACGUCGUCCAGACAGAUUCUUGGCGAGUGAUAAAUUUGGCUGUUUUGAAAAAUGAGGAUGAAAUUUUAUGUUAAAAAAAAACAAAACUGUCAGGAAUAAAUCAGCAGAGAUGAAUCAUCCUGGUAAAAAAUGGACACCAACUAAAAGACGGUCUUACUCUUUAAAUCUAGAGCUGAACAUUCAAGUUCUACCACAGCUAACCUACAGCAAACAUCAGUCUAAAUUACACGGUUGAAAAAGACAAAAUCAAAAAAGAGGACUUAUGGCUGUAACUAAGGCUACGUUCACACUGCAGGUUUUGAUGCACAAUUCGGAUUCUUUGUUCAAUCCGAUCUUUUUGUGCGGUCGUUCACAUUACAACAACGAAUGCGGCAUCUAAUGUGAACGGAAUGCGUCCGUGAAGUGACCAGCAUGCGCACAAAGCACAAAUUGCUUUCCGCACCUGACGUUUGUCGCAUAUUGAUGACGUAUGGGUCGGAUGAACGCGACCUGUGGAUCCACACUGCAGUCACAUCGGAUCUAUAUUCGAUUUAUAUCCACAUACAAAAGAGGCCUGGCCUCGAACUAUGGUGCGGACCAGUCAACCGCUCUCUGGUCCGCCUGGGACCGCUAUCAAGUGAACUCUAGAGCGCUUUACUUUCGGUGUGAACCCCAUCAGCAACAAUUACAGGAAGCGUGCCUUGAAAAAACAUCGAAGUAGGCUCUCAUUAUUGCCUGUCGUCUUCUGUGAUAUGACCAUCCAAAGCAUCUUCUGCAACGUCCGUGUAUUAAUACAUUAUUUCAUUGCCGCAGUCUUCCCAGCUGUUCGUGUGCGCUGUUCGUUCAGUCCAGAUCAGCACCAUAAAAAUGAGCGGACGAUGCUCCAUGAUGUACAGUAAAAAUUGCACGGCAUUUGUCGUCUACCCUAAACUGUAUAAGCAAUCACUGAACGGCUUUUACUGCCACGUGACAAUUUUUGGACUGUUUGAGUUUGGCCUUUGUGAACGUGAACUGGACCAGUUGAGAAAUUGCAACAAUAUAUCAUCAACGUAUCAUCCUCGAUUUGGUUCGUAUCAAUAAACCUACUUUGUAGUGUGAACAUGACCUAAAGCUUUUCACAGUUCCAGGUUGGACUGAAAAGUAGAUCCACUUACAGCUAAAAGCAUGAGUAAAUGAACAAGCAGCUGAUCCAAAUUUUGAGUGUUUUUGAGAAAAAAAAUCUUGGCCUCAUUAAAUAAAAUGCGGAUUGUGAAAAUGUGAAGUUUUACUAUUUUACUGCCUUGAAAAAAAGGAAAUAGUUCAUUUUCAACUGGGACUUUGACAUCGUCCUAAGACAUUGGCCUUGGGAACCAUUAUUGACCAUUAAUUAUUGACUCAUUGAUUAUCUUUUAUGAUAAAAAUAUCCCUGUAAACUGACUGUUUUUCCUUUGUGUUCCCAGAGUUCUUCUUGGAGCUGGACAAGGUGAUGGGUCCUCUGAUCUUCAACACCAGCAGCAUGACAGAUCUGGUUCGUUACACACGGCAGGGCCUCCACUGGCUGCGUAUGGAUGCUAAGCUCAUUCCCUAG